UUUUAGUCAGAUUAUCAAAAUAUCCGCUUGAAGUUCCUUCGAAAAAACUCUCCAGGUGAUGCUCAAUUCUAAGCCGAUUCUCACACUUUGCUCGUUUUUGCCUUGAAGACCAAACGAUCGACUAUUUGAUUUUAAAAUUAGAACAUGCGGUUCGCAAAGAUGUUACAGAUGGUUUCGUCUGAAAUGGACACCGCGAUUGAGGCUCGGUCAAUAGCAACAUCCCCGCUAAACUCGAAAGUAUCUCCACUGAGUCAAAUACAGAAGGACAAGCUUUUAGUAAUUCAAUGGGAACAUCUCAACUUGUACAAAUUCUAUCCAAUGGCUCUGUGCAGUUCAUGGACAAUCAGGUGCAUGCUGUAUCCAAUGUCUGUUGUGAAGAGCAGACUACAACUACAGAGACAAAAUAAUGUGUAUAACGGAAUGCGAGAUGCAUUUGUUAAAAUCAUUCGUCAAGAAGGAAUCGGCGCUUUGUAUAAAGGAUUCUGGAUGACACUUCCCCAGCUGUCAGCUUCAUUUUUAUAUUCAUCAGCUUAUGAAAGAGUCAGAGACUUGCUUCAAACCCAUCUUCAUAUUACUAAUCACUCUGUGGUAUCUGCAUUAGCCGGAGGAAUCGCUUCUCCUUGUGCACAGCUAAUAUUUGUACCAACUGACAUUGUGGCUCAACAUAUGAUGGUUCAUAAUAAUCCAGAAGCAUUUGGAGGUGGAGAGAAGAAUAUACCAGUAGCAGAUGCAAUCAGAAAAGAUGGUCUCGAAGGCAGAAGAACGUUAGGUUUGAGAGUUAUCAGGGCCGUGUACAAAGUUGAUGGAAUUUUCGGUUUUUAUAGAGGAUUCCUAUCCGCAAUCAUGUUGUAUAUUCCUUCAACAAUGGUUUUCUGGUCUACAUAUUACAAUUCAUUAGCAGUGUUCAGAAUGAUUCGUGAAAAAGUCACUGAACUUGAAUAUGGAGUGAAACCAACAUCUCCUUCCGAAGUUGAUGAUCGGAAUUUGUUCCUGGACCAAGCUGUGAGCGGUUCUAUUGGCGGAGUCGCUAGUGCAAUGGUUACAAAUCCAUUGGAGAUGCUGAGAAUUCGGUUACAGGUUCAUCGAACAACGUACAGGGAAACGAUUGUUAGACUAUGGAAGUAUGAGAAAGCACAAGUAUUCACCAAGGGUCUCGCACCGCGUAUGGUGAAUAAUGCUCUCUAUUCAAGUCUUGUAAUGCUUGCCUAUGAAAGUGUCAAACGGUUCUCAGUUCUGCCCGAGUUUAAAAACAAAAUCGUCUGGUGAUCGCACCUGCUCAUUUUCGAAUUUUUACUGCUCACACACGUGUAUUCAUACUUUCAUCCAAAAAAAUAAUCUAAGAUUUCUUAUUUUGCAGCAAUGCAACACCGCUUUCGUUUCUCCUAGAAGAUUAUUAGAUGCUGUCCAAAAUUGUAAAUUUUGUGUGAUCAUAUCACCCCAAAUUCCUUCUUUCCGCUCUCUUCGAAUUCUGUUCUAUGAACUUUUCUUUUUUUUUUGUAAUUGUUUCUUUAAUAUUCUUUUUUUUCUCACUAUUCUGGUUCGGUCCCUUCUCAUUUUCGAGUAUAAAUCCUUUGAUGUUUGC